AUGGAGUUAAGAAUUUAUCUUGUGUUACUAAUUAUCGGUGUUAAUGGAAGCAGGGACUUGUGCCCUAAGGAAUGUGACUGUGAUAUAGAGAAUGGGCUGAAUAGGGCGACGUGUGUGAAUCAACAUAUAGUGAAUGUAGAUGUGGGAGUGCCCACUGCAGUGCAAGUGUACAGUUUGAGCAAUAAUGCUAUCAGUGAAUUGGAUAACUAUUGUUUUAAGGAAAUUGGAUACACUUCAAUACAGAUCCUGAACUUAUCAUACAAUUUAAUAUUUUGGAUUGGACUCCACGCAUUCGCUGGUCUGCACCACUUGAUCCACCUGGACCUGCACAAUAACCGCCUGAGGCAUAUAUCCUCGGAAACCUUCUGGGAUACACCGGAGUUAGAGGUCCUGGAUCUGUCGUCAAAUGUCUUCGAAUCGCUUAGAAAUGAACCCUUUUUAAUGCACACCAAAUUGGAGGUGCUCAAUUUACAAAAUUGCCGAAUCAAAGCCCUACCAGAAAGAAUGUUCAAUCGUCUACCAAAUUUGAAGAAGUUAGAUUUAAGUCAUAACUACAUGGUCACUUUAAAUACAGAAGUGUUGCAACCACUUCCCAAGCUAGAAAGAGUAGAACUGAAGAACGAGUAUUGGAAAUGCGAUCCGCCCUUUAUUGCUGCUGAAUCUUGGAUCGUAUCUCACGGAAUAAUGUACGAAAAGAUUUGUAAAAACAGAACGCCAAAAAUGUUCGAGAAAAUUAUAUCAGCUGUUACUCCUGAAAAGGAAGAAAUUGACGUGAAUAACGUAUGGAACAUAACGAAAGAUAAAAAUGAUUCUGUUGUACCAAUAUCGAAACCAACGACACCGCUGACUCCAUUUCAGAAAUUCGACAAAGAAUUUUCAUCUUUUAAAGCACUAAUAUUGGGCAUGGAAAUAGGACUAGGACUCGGUAUAGUAGGGACCUACAUUUGGUUACGUUCGCUUUGUAAAUGUGGACACUGUACAAGGCCAAAAUCUAGACGAGAAAGAAGACGGGAGCGUAGGGCAGAUGCCGAAGUAAGAAAUAGUUUACUAUGGACUACUGUUAUACACCCAGAUUUGGAGACUCCUCCUGUAUUCCGCAGACAACCAUCGUUGCCUGACGAAAAUCCGCCGUAUCCAACGUACGGGCUGCCGAGCGUUGUCGAAGCUGGACUUCAAAUAGAUGCCAUAUGUUUACCCGAUAGAGCUGAAACUCCGCCGCCUGCGUAUAGUGAAUGUCGUAUGUUAUAUGGUUCCUAAUUUGUGGGACAUUCAAAAGUAGAAUUAUAAAAGUGAUUUUACGUAAGAGGGAAGGAGUACCGUGUGAUUAUGCAUCGUUGAAGUGUUGAUCAAGCAUGAAUGACGUAAACGUUGUGCAUAAGAAAGUAUAUAUACUGUGGCGUUGCUUUCUUAAUUACAUUACAAUUGAGGAUGACUUUGUGACCACGACCAGAGCAAGAUGUUCGAAACAUUAAGAUAAAUAGGUAGGUGUGCAAUACCUAUUUAUGACCGUUCGUAAUAUUAUUAGAACCUAUGUAUUUC